AUACAUAAGCAGACAUUAAUGACAGCGUCUUCACUUUAUAAAAAAAAUAUUAUUUUGUACAACACGCACAAUUAAGAAACAAUUUGUAUAAAUCUCGCGAGAGGUUGGCAGAUCUAGGAUAAACCAUGCGACCAGGAGACUAUCAGAGAGACUAGAAAACUCUAACUGUGACUUUUUGAAAGCUUUGUGUGAAAUGGCAGGGCAACUAAAAGACAAAGAAGCUUACCAGCGACUAAACUAUCUGUACCAGGCUGCACAUUGUGUUUUAUCCCAAAACCCGGAAAAUGUAGAGUUGGCUCGUUUCUACUGCUUCACCCAGAAGACCAUAGCAAGACGUUUAGUUCUUAGACAGGACCCAUCAGUGAAAAGAACAUUAUGCAAGAAGUGUUGCUCAUUGCUCAUCCCUGGUGUAACUGCUACAACAAGACAAAGAAGAAAAAAUAGAAAGACUCGCUUCACUGUAGUGAAAUGUCUCCUUUGUGGGCAGAGCAAAACAUUACUGAAUAAUCCAGAUUAUUGCCUGUGGGUAGACCGACCCGAGGCCCAGCUACAGCAACAGAAGCAGCCAGAUCGAGGCCCCUCUGUUAAAAAUCAGCCGAAAGACUCAGAUCCUGAUAAGUCUGCAUCUUCUACACCAAGUACGAGUACUGCUGGGACAUAACCGGACAACCCUCUCCUGAGUGUCAAAUACUGGAUGCAACUGAUGUGUAGCUUUGUUAUAUAUUUUAUAAAUUGAAGGAACUAGUCUGUUUUCCAUGAAUUCUCUGUAGCUGAUUUAGUUUUUUUGGCUUCUGUGAGAUCAUUUUUUAUCUGCAGCUUGUAUUGCUGUUCAUCAAAAUGUGUUGUUCUGGGUGCUGCCACCAUGUGGCAUCGUACACCUGGUGGAUUAAUAGGAAGACAUGUUUGUGAAAGUGGUGGCCUUAAAGAAAAGUGGAUUGGGA